GAACGUGCAACAGGGCAACAGGGCAACAGGGCAACUGGGCAACGAUGCAGAAAAGUGAAACUAUUAAGCCCAGUCAGAGUCAGAGUACCAUCAUCAGCAAACAAGUGAGGCAUUGUUUUUGUAAUUAAAAUGGCAACGCUUCAAUGGCCAAGGCAGCAGCACGUGGAGCACACUCCAUGAAGCAUCAAACUGUCAAGCAAGCCCUGUACUCCAAUGGGAGGUGGCAAGUUCUCUCCAUUUAAUCGUGUUACGCCUGACAGAUUAUGUGUGUGUAAGUGUGUGGUAAAAGUCUUUCUUGAAUGUGAAAAUCUUGAAUCGACUAAGUAGGCGAUCAUUUGAGCGCUUGACCACAAGCCAAAAGCCACUGUCGGAGUCACAGCCACUUUUGGGGAAAGGCCGUAAAAUCACUCAACUAAAACGUCCAUAAAAUGUCGAAUGGCUUGUAGAAUUUGGCCUGCAAAGAUCUGGAAACGCGAAGGCCCUCAGUUCGAUUCUAGGCGGCGUCCGGAGUGCGUGUGUGAAAAGAGCAACAGGACUCAAAAACCCAGAGAUGUGGCAUCAUCGAGCAGUGUUUGUGCUCGGCAUUUAUAUGCUCGUAACAAUAAACGCGUCGACAAGUAGCAACAGCAACAAUCACUUUAAUGACGGCUCUUCCGGCAUCCUUACGGCUCGAAACGGGAAACUACAGUUGGAGCUGAAUGCGUGGCAGCCAUUCACCCAGCACAACAAUUGGCUUAUCCUGCAGGCAACGGCACCCAGCUCAGUGCAGCCGGAAAGAGAGAGUGCCCCCAGAAUUUCGCCACAGCAGCAGCAACAGCAGCAGCAGCAGCAAGAGCAGCAGCAGCAGAAGCAGAACCAACGACUUCCUGUCAAUUACUACGCCUACAAUCAUCGGUAUAAUCAGAGUGCGAGGAGUGGCAUUCCACCUUCGGCGGGCGGAAAUUACAAACAGGUUCGGGCACAGGCAGCACCAGCGACAACUCUAAGCGAUCCCGCCAGAUAUGUCCUGGCCAUAAGCCAAUCCAUGCGACGCGGGGGUGAACUUCGACAUCAGCUGCCAGCUGCUGCGGAGGAGGAAGCCGAGCCGGAUGUGCGCAAUGCGGCGGCCUCAACUUUAACUAACUCCCACGAUGCUGAUGCUGAUGAUGAUGAAGAUGUGAAAAAUACCGAUGCCAUUAAACACAUUGAGAAGCCAACACUUCUGGGAAUCCAAUCCUACUUAGGGCCUUUCCAGCGUGCUCUGGUGAAAGUGCGUAAUUUUUGCGACUCUGUGGGUACUCUUCUCAGCGACAUAGAUGAGGAGCAGCAGGAUGGGACUCUGCAGUUCCUGGCAGAUGAGACAAGUUCAAAUAAAUUGGAGGCCACCACAAGAACCAUCCCCUCCACAGCCAAAAUAUCGACUUCAAAAGAGGCGGAUACAGCUACAGUCCAAGGCCGUUACAUUCACCGUAUGGCAUUGGACGCCUCAGAGGGCCGCAAGCUGAAAAAGUUGAAAAAGAAAAUCCAAAAGCUGCUGCUGCCACUUCUGAUUGCCUACAAACUGAAGUUUCUCACCCUCAUACCCGUUCUCAUUGGCGGCCUCACGCUACUCGUGGGCACCACGGGCCUGGCCGGCUUCUUCUUUGCUCUCUUUACGGCCGUAAUGAGCCUGAAGACCACAGGUGGCGGUGGCGGCCAUGGCUAUGCCAGCAAAGCAAUAGUCUUAAAGAAAAUCUGAUCUGUAGGCAACGUUUUGUACGAAUUAAGAUUUAGCUAUUGAUUUAGGUUAGUUAGCAGCACUCGGCACUCCCUUCCCCUUAUCACAAUCAAAACCCAUCGAAGUUCGAGCAUUGAUUGGUCUGCUCUGGCGGUGGGCUAUAAAAAAGACGAGGCGGAGACUUCCGCACUGUCAAGUGAAAUAGAACUACUAGAAAUAAUAUAUGACAAAAGAAACAGGAAAACAGAAACUUCCCUCAGCUGGAAUCAACAAUUUGAAACACUCUUUUUUAGGGAAUUUAUUUAUUUAUUUCAUGCUAUAUCCCAGUGCAUCAGGUAUAAACUCUAGUAUUACUUAGUUCAGCUUUUAGUUGGAAGGUAUUCCCACUCGUUAGACGUAUGCCCACGUCGCUACGGUGCGUUUGUGCGGUUAUACCAGCAACCGGAUGCAAAAUAAAAGUACUGCUAACAUCCAACCAGCGAUAAAUUCCGUUGAACAGCUGCCAAAACCCCAUCCAGAGCCACAGCCAGAGACCCAAAGUUUGGGCAUGAAAAGUGACGACAGCAAAGAGCGUUAGCUUUAAAGUUGACGGUUGACGGUUGACGUUGACUACGAUUAGUUCCGUGGCACGCGUGUGCAUAUGAAUGCGUGUUUGGACACCAUGUGAAUAUAUAGCAUCCCAGACGUAAAGCAGUAUAUUUAAUACUAUAUAUUGCAACAGUUACAGAUACUCGAACCACCCAAUGGUUGAGGCUACAUUCGCAUUCGUUCAAGCCAAGAUAAGUUUAUUUGUCUCGUCUGGUUUCGGUCUCUUUCAGCCCAAAAAUCCUAAUUCAGUUGGGUCGUUAUUUAAUUUCCGUUAGCACUGCUGCAAUCACAUUUGCCUGAUGUAAUUCCAAGAAGUAUAUUUUGUUGCUGGAAUUUAAUUAAGCGGAUUUAUACACAAACAAACACACGAGAUGGUUUCAUUUUACCGGAAAUUUACAUAAGCCCGUGCCGAGCUCAUGAAAUACCUUUAAUUUGAAGUUGAUAUUUGUUCACGACUGCAAUUCAUGGUUAUGCGAAAAUAAUAAAUGCAAUUUUUAAUGGAAUUGCCAUCGGUUCUGUCUGCUCCUUAAAAUAACAAUUAAUUGGUAAUUAAUAAUACAUAUUACCAAACCCCAAACCUGAUUGCA